CUUGCCGUACACAUCACGCGUACUGCGCAUGCACGGAAGACGAGAAGUCGGAAAGGUGUCUGUGGGAUGAUGGCGGCCUGCAGGAGGUCAUUGCUGCUGCUCCGGUGCCGGCCCGGAUUCUAUCCUCCUGUAAGACUUCUUACUGAUGGAGAACAUACCAAAUUUCAGCCGCCUCCAAAGCCGGUUAUUGUGGAUAAGACAAAAUCUAAAGACGCCCUCAGAAGGUACCUGAGUCCAGAAUUUAUACCUCCCAGGUCUAGGAAAGACCCAUUUAAAUUUCGUAUGGAGAGAAAAGACAUGGUUGAAAGGAGGAAGAUCCUAAACAUUCCUGAGUUCUACGUAGGAAGCAUUCUGGCAGUGACUAUGGCAGACCCGUAUGCCACCGGGAAAACAAACAGAUUUGUAGGUAUUUGCAUUCAAAGAUCGGGAAGUGGCCUUGGGGCAACAUUUGUGCUCCGCAACGUAAUUGAGGGUCAAGGAGUGGAAAUGCGCUAUGACCUCUACAGUCCCCGCGUUCUGGAAAUACAAGUGCUAAAGUUGGAGAAGAGACUGGAUGAUAACUUGAUGUACUUGCGUGAUGCCCUUCCUGAAUACAGCACUUUUGAUUUCAAUAUGAAGCCGGUCAUAAGCAUAUCAGACGAAAUCCCAGUUAAUGAGAUAAAAGUGAAGAUGAAGCCACGGCCCUGGUCCAAACGGUGGGAAAGACCUCAGUUCAGUAUUCGAGGGAUCAAGUUUGAACUAUACCUUCACGAAAAUCACAUUAUAGCAGCCAACAAGCUGGCCAAGCCAUGGGAGAAAUUUGACAUGUUGAAAGAGUACGAUACCACUAAGAUUGAGCAAGAAAUAUGGGAAGAAGUGAAUCGGGAACUUGAUCAACCCCAAACUAAAGAGAAAAAACCUUGACAGUAUGAGAAUUGUUCCUGUAAUUUAUACGUAUGAAUAAAAUAAACAUGUACAGUUUUUGAA